AUGCCGCAACGGCUUGUGACAUAUUUUACCGCAGCCCCCAAGUCAUUCUGGCCUGCCGCGGGCGAGCUGAGAACAGAGGCUGGGCAGCAGCAGCGUCUGAGGGGUGCCUGCUCAGGAAAGACGGACCCGCAGCGGCUGUGCCAGAGCAAGGACGACGAAGUGCCGGUGGUGGAUGGCGUGCGCAUGCUCGGGUUCGCGCCGUCGCGGGAGUACCUGUUUUGCGCGCUGGACCUUGGCGCCGUGCUCAGGUAA